AUGUCUUCGUCUACCAAAGAAACUUACCUCCACGACCUCUUCAAACCCUGCAAAUCCCUUCUUGUAUUUCCGACACUCAAAGCCAGCGAUUUUCUUUCACUGCUCAUCAAAGCGGCUCUUGUUUUUUGCGCUGUCGCUUCAAUCUCCUUCGUCCUAUUCGUCGCUAUCACUAGACACCCCAGAUUCUUGCCUUGCCCUGAAUGCAACAGAGUUAUCCUCUCCGAUCACCGUAAAUUCGACCAUGAUAACAUUUCCGACAGCCGGAAGUACUUCGACGGUCUUAACUUCGAAAAAACCAAUAUUUCCCAUAUUUUGUUUGGCAUCGGCGGCUCCGCUAAGACUUGGCAUAAUCGACGGCUCUAUAACGAGUUGUGGUGGAAGCCUAAUGUGACACGUGGGUUUGUUUGGCUUGACGAGAAGCCUCCGGCGGAUGAAACUUGGCCGGAGACUUCACCGCGGUACAGAGUAUCUGCAGAUACAUCGAAAUUCAAGUACACUUGCUCGUGGGGUUCACGGUCUGCGGUGCGGAUUACUCGGAUAGUGAAGGAAAGUUUCCAACUUGGAUUACAAAACAUUCGGUGGUUUGUAAUGGGAGACGAUGAUACAGUGUUUUUCCUGGAAAAUCUAAUCACUGUUUUAUCCAAAUACGAUCACAAUCAGAUGUAUUAUAUUGGUGGGAAUUCAGAGAGUGUUGAACAAGAUGUGAUUCAUUCGUACACUAUGGCUUACGGCGGUGGUGGGUUCGCGAUUAGCUAUCCGCUAGCGGCGGAGCUUGUUAAGAUUUUGGACGGCUGCAUUGAUCGAUACGCGUCGUUUUAUGGGUCUGAUCAGAAGAUUCAAGCUUGUAUCAGUGAAAUCGGCGUUCCUCUCACCAAAGAAGUUGGUUUUCAUCAGGUUGAUAUACGAGGGAACCCGUACGGGCUACUAGCGGCUCAUCCGGUGGCACCAUUGGUUUCAUUACAUCACCUGGACUACGUGCAAUCAAUAUCUCCAGAGAAGACCAAGAUUGACGCUCUGAAAAAGCUUUUCACUGCAUACGAAAAGGAUCCGGGUCGGAUCAUCCAACAUAGUUUCUGCUAUGACUUGACCCGAAACUGGUCGGUUUCAGUAUCUUGGGGUUACACUGUACAGCUGUACCCGUCUCUGGUGACUUCAAAGACGUUAGAAACAGCUUUCUUAACCUUUCAGUCAUGGAGAAACUGGGCGACUCAGCCUUUCACGUUUAAUACCCGACCCUAUAGCCACGACCCGUGUGAGAGACCGAUUUUUUAUUUCUUGGAUCGAGUAGAGGAAAUCGGGGCGGGUCGGAGCUUGACAACGUACAGAAUGUUCAACGACAGCAAUGAAAAACAUUGCGAGAGGGGAGACUACCGUCUACCAUUAGCAGUUCUUCAAUUCAAUGUCUCCACUUCGACAUUGAGUCCUAACUCUUGGAAACGGGCGCCACGAAGGCAGUGCUGCGAGAUCAACAGUGGUGGAAAGGGGGUUCAAAGCGUGGUUCAGGUCAAUAUUAGAGGUUGUAAUCGCUUUGAAAGCGUGACUCCUCCAUAGAACAUGGAAAGAUAGAUAAAAUUUGCCAUGAAAACAAUUGUUGUUGAAUGGAUUUGCUUCAAUGUGGGUAUGGACAUAUGCUUUGUCCGUGGA